AUGGCCGACUCAGCCCCCCGCCUCGCCGCCCUCGACGACUCCAUCGUCUCCCGCCUCCCCUCCUACUCCCAAUCCCUCUUUGCGGCCAAAACCGCCCACGAGCUCUCCUUCUCGGCAAUCGCUGAACACCUCGGCCGGUCCGAGGUUGCAGUUGCGGCGCUCUUUUACGGACAGGCGACGGCCUCGCCGGAGGAUAUCACCAAACUGGCGGAGCUCUUGAGCUUGCCCGAGGCGCAGCUGAGGAAGGAUCUCGGGACUGGGUUCCCUGAUCGGGGGAGGUCAGGGCCUAUGCCGCCGGUUGAACCGCUGAUUUAUAGGUUGUAUGAGGUUGUGCAGAAUUACGGGUAUGCGUUCAAGAGUGUGAUUAAUGAGAAGUUUGGGGAUGGGAUUAUGAGUGCUAUUUGCUUUGAUACAAAGGUGGAGAAGGAGACGGUGGAGGGCGCGGAUUGGGUUGUUAUUACGCUGAGGGGGAAGUGGCUGCCUUUCACGAGGUUCUAA